CCAGCUGUCAACAUUCCUGCAGGAUUCCUCCCAUGAUGCAUCAGUGCUCAAACAGAUGCAGGUAUUUCAGUGGGAGGCUGAGUCCUCUGCGAUGAAGUCACAAACAUGAGGCCUGUAGUCGACUCCCACUCUGCUGCCGCAGCACAGACAGCUCUUUAUGUGGCCGAGUACCAGCUGGUACCACGGCUCCUCACCCUCCUCACCCACUUCACCCGAGUCUGCUCCGACACCACGACAUGGACCUGAACCUGAGGACCAGACCUGAACACGUCCUGCUGGGAUGCUUGGUGUCCGUCUGUCUGUGUGCGUUUGGCUCGGCUGAGAGACUGUGCACGGUUCCUCCCGGCCCGGUGCCGGUCCCUGAGAACAACACGGCGGACGUGGAGGUGGUGAAGAUCAGCUCGAGCAGUGACGUGACCCUGACGGUGUCGGUGAACCCUGAGGAUCUGUUCUACCUGAGAGGAAACGCUCUGAUGGUGAAGAAAGGACUGGACUACGAGACGGUGUCCAGUGCAGCUCUGGUCGUGUGGGUUCAGUGCAGCAGAACAGGAUCCAGCUCUGUGAACGAGUCUGUGGAAGUUCUGGUUGAAAACGUGAAUGAUAAUCCUCCGAACUUUGCACAGAAUCACUUCGUCCUGGAGGUGAACGAGCUGACUGCGGUGAACUCCAGCGUCGGACGGAUCCAAGCCUCAGACGUUGAUUCAGAGCCGCUCUUUUAUCGCUUAGAGUCUGCUACAGAUAAAUAUUUCCGCCUUGAAAACAUCAACUCUCCAAAGAUUCUGGUUAAAAGCAUCCUGGAUUACGAUGUCGUGCAGAAGAUCUCUCUGGUUUUACAUGUUCAGGACACGUUUAACGGUUCAGCCUCGGACCAGCCCUUUUUCACGUCAGUGGCCUCCAUCACCGUGCUGGUGAAGGACGUGGAUAACCGGCCGCCGUGGUUUCAGCCAUGUUUGAGGACAACCUUGGGAAUCGCCAAACUGUGUGUGAGCACGGGCUACAAGGGGCGAGUCAACCUCACCGAGAAGGAGGAGGGGCCGCUGGUUCUGGAGCCCGGGCCGGUGUUUGCCAGAGACGGAGACAAGAACCGGAGCGAGCAGAUCAGCUACAGAAUCCUCAGAGGAAAUGAAGGAAAUAUCUUCCAGAUCGACGAGGAGACGGGAAACAUCACGAUGACGAAGGCUGCUGAUAUCGUCGGACCGAUCACUCUCACUGUUCUGGCGUCUCAGGUGACAAACAGGGAUCAGUUUGCGGUGACGCAGGUGACCAUCGAGGUGAUGAAGAAGAGCAGGAACCCUCCUCGCUUCGAGAAGGAGCGAUACGAAGGGUUUAUCUACAGCAACUCGGUCCCUGAGAGCAUGAUCCUCCGAGACCGGAGCACCAACAGACCCUUCAGAGUCCGAGCGCGGGACGAGGACUUCGCUGCGGGUUUGAAUCCCGACAUGAAGUACGAGGUUCAGUACAGCAGCUACGUCAACGUCACAUACGACGGUUUUGUGAUCCUGAAGAGAGUCGUGAAGACUGAGUCCUUCGCUCUCCAGCUCCGAGCCGUGGACACGACAACGGGAGAGUUUGGGACAGCUGCUCUCUCUGUUCAGGUGAUACCAGCCGUAGCCAUCCCGUCUGACUCUACCAUCGGGUACCGUCCGGGGGACAUGGUGCUGCUCGGGCUGGUCAUGGCGGCUCUGUUGGUGCUUUGUCUCAUCGUCAUUGGCUUCCUGAUUUCCCGCUUAUGGAAAGGAAACGCCGGCAUGGACAAAAUAUGUGAGUGUUUGGGCCCCUGUCUGAAGGGCGACCAUGCCCGGUCUGGUCACAGGGACUCUCUUCAGUUCACCAACGACGGCUUCACCUCUGAGGGAGACCAGAGCCGCGGCGGGGCCCGGCACUGUAACAACGUUGUUCCUCGGCGGAGCACCUUCCCUCAGCCACGAGGCCGGGUUAUCCCCCUUGAGAGACGGAGCCGACACUGCUCCUCCUGCGGCGUCUACGACAACCACGUCGGUGCCGGGAGCCCGUCAGCGAGGGCAUCAAGGAGGGGGAGGGGUGACGGGGACGACUAUGCAGCGAGGGCCAGCCUUAUUAAGCAGAGGAGGAAGGAGGGGCAGAAGACUGUCUGGUUCAAGGAGAGCGAGGGCUCCUCUGACAUCGAGGUGGAGAUCAUCCCCGAUUCUGUGGGCCGGGUGGAGGAGGAGACGCAGGAGGAGCUGGAGGGGGAGAUGGAGAUGGAGGGGGUGGUCAGAGACCCGGCGGCACCCCUAAGAGAGUCGGAGGGGGAGCAGGAGGGGCAGGAACCUGGAGACAUGAGCUCAGAGACAGAGAGGAGGAGCGCGGAGCAGGAGGGCUGACAGGAGCAGGAGGAGUCAAACAUCAAACUGACACAGAGCUUAUUUUCUGUCUCUAAUGGAGGCGACGCCUGCAGGAGGGGGUCUCACAGGAUGUCUCAGAGAGUCCCAUCAUCUGUGGGGCAACUUCAAACACCUCCAGGACAGACUCAAGGACGGAUUCAAGGACCCAAACAUGAUACUGUGAGAGUGUGAGAACACAGUCUGAGCCCAUGACUUGUCCUCCUGUGUUUACACCAUGAGAUCAGAGUUUUCUGUCACUCACCCCGGUGAUCCUUUUUUAAAAGUUUAGUUCCAUUUCAAACAACAUGAAACAUAUUUUUCUAGUCUUUGUUCCUAGUUUUGGUUAACUUUUGAAUUCACUAAACAACAUUUCUCUAACUGAGCGGUCUAAAGACACAAAGCUGCAUAGAGACAGAGCUUUCUGUGUUUAACAUAAAUCCACACUCUAUAGAUCCUCUUUGGGGUUAACUUAGUUUAAAGUUUAGAGAUCACCAUGGUCACAAGAACACGGUCGGAAACAAGAAGGAUGAACUUUGUCGAUAUUCCAGUCGUGCACACCUGCUGGAGACGUGCACACGACUUUUCAAUACUCAUAACUCGUUUAACGCCUAGCAUCCACGAUAUCUACAUUUUAAAGAGGUCAUAUUAUGCCCUUUUUGGGGUUCAUAUAUUUAAUCUGUGUACCUACUAAAGUAUGUUCACAAUAGCUAAAGUCAUAAAAAAGUGUCUGUUUUCAUGUACUGCCGCUCCAUGCACCGGCUCGCUUCUGACUCUCUCUCUAAGGCUCUGAAGUGCCCACAUUCAGAGUCCCCACGUGUGCCAAAAGGGGGCUAGAACCGAGCGUUACAUGCAGCUAAUGCUACAGCUAACAGGAGGAGGUAGGAGAAGCCGCGUUUCCGCGGACUUUGAAUUUUUGCACAUAGAUGUGCCUAAACAUGCACAGGACACACGGAAAACACACUAAAGAGCAUACAAAACCAGAAAAAGCAUAAUAUGACCCCUUUAAAGCCUCUUUAACUUCUUUGAAAGCUACCAGUAAUUUCCACAGUCUGUGUGCACCGUGGUCUGUUAGCGGUGUGCACUACGGCGCCGAUCGCUCCCACUCUCCCAAUCAAUGAUUUUGUUUCCCCAUGCUGCUGUGAGGUGCAUGUGUGAACAACCAGAUCAGGAGAAAACUUAAUGAGUGCAUGUGUGAAAACGGCUUAUAAUGACAUCUGAAAUGGUAAAUGAUCCUGACCUCGUAUAGUUUCUGUAAAGGUCACAUCUACACAUUCACACGCUGAUGGUAGAGGCUGCUGAGUAAAGAGUCCAUCAGUAUUAACUCAUCCAUUCAUACACAUUCACAUGCUGAUGGUAGAGGCUGCUGAGUAAAGAGUCCAUCAGUAUUAACUCAUC